AUGUGUGUUGGUGAUAGAGUUGAUUGGCAUCUUUUUGGUAUGGGGAGUGAAACCGAUCUACAUUCAAGUAUGUAUUUGGUUUAUUUGACUCUAUUAUGUCUUUGUAAAGUUAGUUUAGUUUUUGCUUCCUUAGUUGGCAGAGCAUUGGGCUUGUAUUCCAAAGGUCGUAGGUUCGAUUCCCACCGUGGCCGGGCAUAUUUUUCAAGCUCGUCCGUUGUGGAUAUACACUCAGAGUAACACCACAAACAUCAUAUUCACCUGAGUACACAACACCAACACAGAAAAAAUCAUAUUACUAGAUUACACUGGUAUCGAAGGAACUAGAUUCUGUUCCGAAAUAUCACUUACUCGAACCGUCCUGACCGCGUAGCUCAGUUGGCAGAGCAUUGGGCUAGUAUUCCAAAGGUCGUAGGUUCGAUUCCCAACGUGGCCGGGCAUAUUUUUCAAGCUCGUCCGGUGUGGAUAUACACUCAGAGUAACAUCACAAACAUCAUAUUCACCUGACCUGAGUACACAAUACCAACACAGAAAAAAUUUUAUUUGUAAAAUAUUUAAAAAAUAGAAGGAUUCAAAGUGUUUUACUUGCGUGUACGUGCGUACGAAAAACGCAACAGUGGAAAUCAGCCUUAAAGGCUGCUUUCCAGUCACGCGUUUUUCAUACGUGCGUAUACGCACGGAAAAGUUGAAAUAUCUUUAAAUGUUACUUAUGAAAUAACUGAAUGAAUAAAAGGAAAGCAUAUAGUUUUGUGCAUGAUUUAAUGUGCAUUUGUGCAGGUAAUAGACCUUAUGCAUAACGACGUCACAAGGCUUGAUGCCCGCGAGGAAUGCUGGUCUCAGUAGUCAUCGCCCGGGAAAAUUCAAAAAUUCAAAAUGGCCACUAUCGAAAUUAUCCCGGGUGAUGACUACUAAGACCAGCAUUCCUCGCGGGCAUCAAGCCUUGUGACGUCAUUAUGCAUAAGGUCUAUUCAUAUACUAGUGUUAAAUUUAAAAAGAUUUAAACUUUUCCGUGCGUAUAAAAACGCGUGACUGGAACGCAGCUUUAAGAAUGAUCCGGACACCGCCCACCAUCACUUACUUCAAUAAAUAAUAAUAUAGUUUUUCUCUUGCUUAUAGUUACGUUUCACGGGCAUACAAUAAAAGUGGACGGUCAUCGCACGGUCAAAGACGCCGUCUUUCCCGCUAGGUCAUCCACUGCUCACAUGACCGCGUGGAAUCCUGGGAAAUGGUUGCUCCGUUGCCUUGUCAACCAUCAUUAUUUGACGGGAAUGACCGCUCUAUUCAAUGUCACUUCCUGUCCUGGGAAAACCUUACCUGAAGUGAAGCCCGUGCAAGGCAAAACUCGCGAGUAUUUUAUCGCGGCUGAGGAAACACUUUGGGAUUAUGCACCGUCAGGAAUGGACAAUUUCAACGGUGGAAACCUUACAAGUGAGGAUAGGUGAGCAUGGGGUACCCGCGGGGGGGGGGGAUGGGUGUGCGGCAGCCCCCCUCCCCCAGUCAAAAUGAAGUCGGGCAAAUUAUAAACCCCAAUGAAAUUUUACGUUUUUAGUAAAGGCCACGAGUUCUUUGUCAAGACCGAAGAUUCGAUGGUGGACAGUAUUGGAAAGCUUGUUCUUUGAAUACACAGAUGGCAGUUUCACGACAAGAAAAGCCAAAGACGAACAUUUAGGUUUUCUGGGACCAGUGAUUCGAGCUGAAGUCGGGGAUACCAUAAAAGUUACAUUUAAGAACAAGGUAGAUUUGAAUUAAAAUAUAGAAAUCUCGGGUGCAGUUUUUCUCAUCUGAACCUCGCAGCCGGUAAAUAUAUAUAUAUAUAUAUAUAUAUAUAUAUAUAUAUAUAUAUAUAUAUAUAUAUAUAUAUAUAUAUAUAUAUAUAUAUAUAUAUAUAUAUAUAUAUAUAUAUAUAUAUAUAUAUAUAUAUAUAUAUAUAUAUAUAUAUAUAUAUAUAUAUAUAUGUAUAUAUAUAUAUAUAUAUAUAUUAUUUGUCUUCGUCUUAUCCAGGCUUCACGCAAAUUCAGUAUCCACGCUCAAGGAGUGUUUUACAAUAAAUCAAACGAAGGUUUACCUUACAACGAUGGAACAAGUGGCUCAGCAAAGAAAGAUGAUAUGGUGGCGCCAAACAGUACUGUUCUGUACACGCUGAAUCUGGCAUUUGAUUAGCUUAGGAAGCGAAGUUGAUAUACACGGCGUCAAUUUUCAUGGACAAACGUUUGAGAUGAAUAGCAACAGAAAAGAUACGGUCAACUUAAUUCCAGGUGGGUUGCUGCUGUUGUUGUUGUUGUUGUUGUUGUUGUUGUUGUUGUUGUUGUUGUUGUUGUUGUUGUUGUUGUUGUUGUUGUUGUUGUUGUUGUUGUUGUUGUUGUUGUUGUUGUUGUUGUUGUUGUUGUUGUUAACUAAUGAGAAGCCACUGUGCGACAAAUACCCUAGAUUAUUUUCCAGAAAUGAUAUUUCAUUUCGCGAGAACGUACUGUAUUACAUAAUACAUAUCAUUUUAGGCAUUGCCGCGGUUGAAGAGGUCUGGGACUACGGACCAUCUGGUAUGAAUAACAUUAAGGGGACACAGCUGGAUAAAGAUGAGUAAGUUAUUUUUUUCGCCAGACCAGGGUAGCUGUACAGACCAAGUAGUCAUUUAUUGGUGGGUUUUACUAGACACUAUGUGCAACAACAGGCCGUUGUCAGAGUAAGAAAAUAAUAAGCAAUUAUUGGAUGAGGCUGAGCAUGAUAUCAAGAAUUAUUCAGACCGAGGUCAAUGUUAUCUGCCGAAGCGAAGCUACAUUUAAAGACAUGAGAAACGUAUAAAACGAUUCCUGUUCAUGAGGUAGGAAAAGUACAAUUUGAAUAUCAAACGCCUUGCACAAAGUCAAAGGUCAGCUAGAUAUUCUAUUUCUACUUCUAUUUACCCCUUUGUGGCUUUUUUUCGUGCUUUCACUAUCCUUAUCUGCCAAUAAUUUGGAGAGUUCACUUUCAUUCAGCGAAGCAAAUCUGCUGUAGGCCAUUGUUUGUUUGUUUUUUUCGCGCUAUAGGUUCAAGCUUUUGGCCGCGCAAGGGUUUGGGCACGAGAGAGUCCAAUAAUUUUUUUUUUGGAUGCAAGUUUGAUCCAAAAAAAACAAUUAUUGGACGCUGAUGACGUUAUCGGCGGAAAAUACGUAAUAAAUGCCAAAUACUGAAAAUUAGCCGGUGCUUUCUGACCAAUUAGAAACGAGAAUACAUAUUAAAUGUAUCCCCCCCCCCCCCUCACUUUUCUGAUGGUCCGCCGCUCACUAAGCUACCGUGGUUUGUGUCUGAACUCCCUGAAAAGGAUUCAAAACAAAUUGACGUUUUGAUCAACGGCCCAAUUCUGUCCAGUGUAGAGGGUCGGUUAGGGUUAUUACUAAGUGGUCCAAAAUUACUUCUGGAAAAUUACUUCUGCUUCUAUUCAUGAUCAUUUCAAUACAGGGCACCCUAGAAGGAGAUAAAGUGAAGGGCGUUGACCGUGAGUUCCCGCUAUUCUUUGGUGUUAUUGACGAAAAUCAAAGUUGGUAUUUGGAAGAGAACUUCAAGUAUUGCUCAGCGGCAAAAUGCGGGGGCCAAACCGAUCACUUUGAAUUUGUAGAAAGCAACCAAAUGAAUGUAAUCAACGGUCUUAUUUACGGAAACUUAAAGGUAUGUGCAUGCCAUUUUUACUUCAGGUGGAUAGAAUACAAUCAGACAAUGGUCAUAUCAGCAAUUCUAUUAAUUAAACAAGGAUGUAUAUAUUGAAAUUUCCAGGGGCUGGAGAUGAAACGUGGUGAGAAAGUGAACUGGUAUCUGAUUGCUUUAGGUACUGAGAUUGAUAUGCAUAAUGUUCAUUUUCAUGGACAAACAGUUUUAGCCGUAAGUAUUAUUAGACUGUAAGUUAAACUAACUUAAAACUAAACUAAAUUUAUUUAUACUGGAUAGCUCUAUGGCCUCUAUCAUGUCGGAACUGUUCUUGGUAAGGAUCAAGGAAUUGUCAUCCUUUUGGAACUGAAAGAAAUAUCUAGUCCAAAUGGUUUAUACCUGUAUUGGCUUUACAGCAAGGAUUAUAAUUUCUGAACAUGCACUAAAUAUGCAAAUGAAAAAAGUAAAUAACAUUGACUGAAACCUGACUCUAAAACAACCCAAACCAUCACUGAACAUCGUGUUCAACCCUUUAUUUGUCACCAUGUGAAAUAGUCGCUGUAAAUAUUUUCUUUGUGGUUUUGUGACCUGAAAAAAUAAUUUAGGUCAACAAACAUUUUUGAUCUCAAAAACACGUUUGUCAUAUGGCAACCGCGGUUGGGUUUCAGGGUUGUUGUUGUAGGGUCAGGUUUCAAUCAAUGUUAUUUUUUCAUGUGUGAUUCGGAUACCCUGGUUUGUUGUACUCUUCUAACAACUUGCGAUACCGGAAUGUUCCACUUUUGAUGGUUUUUUUUGUGAUUGUUCUUUCAGAGAACUGUAGGUGACCAUCGCGAGGAUGUUAUUGAUUUAUUCCCUGGUGUAUUUAUGACAGUCAAGAUGGUGCCAGAUAGUAUCGGGAGAUGGUUAUUACAUUGUCACGUGAACGAUCACAUGGUACAAGGAAUGGAAGCUCUUUAUGACGUCACAGGUAUGUGUCAAUAUCAUGAACUUUUUUGCGUUAUCUGUUUUGCUGAAUUCUAUUCUAUUUAUUGAUUUUAGAAGACGGUCCAACUCCAAAGCCUCUCCCAACAAGUGUGGCGGGUUGCGUUGCAGCAGAUGUAGCUGUUGUAUUGUUGGGCUUUUUCUUAUUGACUAUUGUGGCUUAA